CGCCGCCAUCGCCGGGUGGGUGGGGCGGAGGAAGCGGAAGUUGGCGGAGACGCCAUGGCGGGAGGGAUGAAAGCGGUCCCGGGGCGGUGGCGGGUCCCGGGUGCGGUGCUGCUGCUGCUGUUGUUCCUUCUGUCGUUUCCGCUAGGCGGUGCAGGUGUCAGGGAGGUGGUGACCCCACUGCAGGAGGGCUCUGCGUGCUGCCGCAACACCUCGCACCAGUUCUGCUACACCAACGUGCGCAGCCCGUGCUGGGGUGACAUCUGGACCAGGAUGCAGAUCCGGGUGAACAGCAACCACGUGAUCCGCGUCACCCAGGUGGGCAGCGAGGAGGAACUGAGGGAGCUGGAGGAGUCCAAGGUGUGGAACUUCCUCUCCUCCUUCCUGAAGGAGAAGCUGAACAGCACUAACAUCGACGUGGAUCUCUACAGCAACAAAACCUGCCUGAAGGUUGAGCUGCUGGAGAGCGGCACUAAAUACUGCAUCGUGCUGUCCCGCUGGUUUGACCCUAAGCUGUUCCUGGUUUUCUUUCUGGGCCUGUUGUUGUUCUUCUGUGGGGACAUGCUGAGCAGGGGUUGCUGCCAGCGGACUUGUUUGUGCACAGACAUCAUCCCACAAGCUGUGAAAUACCUUGUGCACGUGUGUGAUCUCCGCAGGAGCCAGCUCUUCUUCUACUCAGCUGGGAUAAGCAUUGGCUUGCUGGCCUCGCUGCUCAUCCUCGUCUACGUGAUGUCCAAGGCCAUGCCCAAGAAAAGUCCUGUUUACUUCCUGCUGGUAGGAGGCUGGUCCUUUUCCCUGUACCUGCUUCAGCUGGUCUUCAGGAACCUGCAGGAGAUAUGCAAGUCCUACUGGCAGUACCUGCUAGGUUACCUGCUGCUCAUGGGCUUUGUGAGCUUCGGCGUGUGCUACAGGUACGGCCCGCUGGAGAACGAGCGCAGCAUCAACCUGCUCUCCUGGGCCCUGCAGCUCGUGGGCCUCGUGCUGAUGUAUUUGGGCAUCCAGAUCCGCCCCAUCGCCCUGACCUUGGUGGUCGCCGCUGUUUGCGCCAAGAACGUGGACUACCCCCUGCAGUGGGUUUAUGGUGUCUACAAGUGAGUGUUUGCUGCUGACUCUCAGCU